AUGAUGCGAUGCACGACUAAAUCUAUGGAAUCUAUAUCCAAAGAUCUGAGUUUCAAAUCCCUUUACUGGUCUCAGCCCGGAUCCAGUUUGCUUCACAUCGGGGUACAUGGCUCCAACCUAACAUGUUUCCACCCUGUUGGUGAUGUUAGGCCAUUCCAUAGCAAAGGUCCCUCAAAGAACAUAUGCUUCAUCCUUGGCUACUGCUCCGGCCUUAUCCUAAUCUUCGUUCAUGGAUGUUUUUGCGUCGCCAAUCCCGUCACAAAGAAGUUCCGGUUCCUUGAUUACCCCAUGCUGCAAACCAAGAAGAGCAUCGGGUUUGCUGUUGAUAAAAUCGAUGAAAGCACUCAGAGGUUCAAAAUCGUCUGCAUAACCGAGGCCGCUGCUUCGAACCCAAGUGAAACCAUGUAUGGAUUCCAUAUUAACGCAGGGAAUUCAUGGAAAAUAUCAAAAACCAAGAUUACUUGUAUCUCAAGCGAUCUCAUGAGGGAUAUGAAACCGGUUUACUUCCAAGAAGGUCUCUACUGGUUGAGAAGCGACGGAAACAUUAUAACUUUCAAUCCCAAAACAGAGAAAGCACGUCUGAUUCCGACCAAACUCAAUCACCAAGCGGGUGCGAAACUCUUGCUUGGUGCUGACGAUAACCAUCUGACGUUGAUAUCGGCAACGGAGGAAAUGAUUUACGUUUAUUCCCUCGAGAAUAUCUUCACUGAUCCUAAAUGGAUCCUCACGAGACAGAUUAAGAACGAGCCGGUGCACGAGAUAAUGCUGUCGUGCUGGUAUGUGGAGGCUUUUGAUGGUAGGCAUGUAUUGGUGAGGGCGAAGGAUGAAAUAGAAGAUGUAAUUUAUGGCUAUGACUUGAAGGCGAACAUGUGGGAAGUCAUGGGUUUGCUUCCAGGGUGGUGUGAUGCAGGUCGUGAUCUUUAUCAAUUCAAGCCGUCGUGGUACCCUGUAAUCGGACUACAAAAUCAGAAUAACAGUUUUAGAUCCGAACGUGAAGUCUCUAUAGAGGUCAUUAUGGAGCUGAUUCAUGGUCAUUUCAGAACCUAA